AGGAGUACAUCCGACAAGGCAAAGACGCCAUGGAGGUCGUGGACCAAAUCCUUGCCCAGGAGGAGAACUGGAAGUUUGAGAAAAACAAUGACUUUGGUGAUGUUGUUUACACUUUUGAAAUACCUUUCCACGGCAAGACCUUUAUUUUAAAGGCUUUCCUGCAGUGCUCCGCCGAAACAGUUUACCAGGAGGUUAUUCUCCAGCCCGAGAAGAUGAUCCUGUGGAACAGAACAGUGGCAGCUUGCCAGAUCUUGCAGCGGGUUGAGGACAACACGAUCAUCUCGUACGACGUGGCAGCCGGGGCCGCGGGCGGGGUCGUUUCCCCAAGGGAUUUUGUGAACGUGCGGCGGAUCGAGAGGAGAAGAGACAGGUACAUUUCCUCAGGGAUGUCGACCACGCACAGCCUGAAGCCUCCGCUCACCAAGUAUGUCAGGUAAGAGACAGGUUCUGGGUGGUUUAU